UGUGCAGACAGUUUACCACAAAAAAUAUUAAUAGAAAAAAACAUGACAUGACAAAAAUAAGGGAGACGUUAAGAAUCUUAGGUUUAAGUUCUAAAGUGAAGUGAAACUUUCCCACUGUUGUCUGCUCAUGUGUCUGUUAUGUUGCUGCUUGCUAUGCCAUUAACGUUCCUGCAUGUUUGCAUAAGAUAAACAUUAACAAUAUCUGGUUGGGGACAGCUGGAUACAGGAAUCCUCAGUAUCAUAUGGCUCUCCUUAUGGCCAUUACUAACAGGCUCGACUUCAAUAAUGAUAAUAAUAAUAAUAAUAAUAAUAAUAAUAAUAAUAAUAAUAAUGAGACACACGCGCACUCUCGUAUUUCCUCAAAAAGUGAAUUUUGCGGUUGUUCCGCAGUCCAGAUGUGCAGUGCGCCUCCACUACACCCCCGCGCAACGACGUGAGCACGCAAACAUCACCGAAGCAGCUGCGUGAAGCCCGCGAGAAACAAUCGGGAAGAUACCGGAAAACAGACGACCCUGGCUUCAAAAUAAAACUAUAGGUUUGUUGCAACUAAAUAGUUGAGUAAAAGGAACGAUCUGUAGAAUUUAGUGGCAUCUAGUUGGACAGAUUUGAAAGAAAUGGAAAAUAAUAUUCACAAACAUGUUUCUAAUCACCUGAAAAUUACCUUACAACAAGCCCUUUAUAUCUACAGAGGGAGUGGCUCUUCUUCAUGGAUGCAUUAUAAUAGCUGGAUACUGGACUGAAAAUGGCAUCUAUUCAGUCUGAUAAGAAUUGCUCAGCUGGUUCAUAAAGUUUCUAGCUUCAGGGUUGACUUCAAGGGGUAUGUGACCCACUGAACAUGAACAGUAUGGGUUUCCACUGCUGGCCCCGCCUGCGAAUUCCUACUCGACGCUUUACAUUGUGGUGAUGUGACAUAUUUUUUAGACACAAGUGGUCAGCUCAAGAUACAUAAUAAAAAACAUUUGUGAUCGGCAAUGUCUCAGCUGUCCACUUGUAAUCGGAUCACUGGAGACGAAUGUUAAUGCCAUGUAAACAGAGCCGUGGAUGCCUAUUAAUCCUGCACACUGGUCCUUUAAAUUACACUUGUGUUUUGUUGUACAUCUCACCGGAAGUAGCGUGUCCUCACUCCGUGUGACUUGACACUGACCACUGAAGGAAAACGGAGCAGAAGAGCGAAACAUGGCGACUUCGAACAAUCCGCGGAAAUUCAGCGAGAAAAUCGCUUUACAUAACCAGAAGCAGGCGGAGGAGACGGCGGCAUUUGAAGAAGUGAUGAAAGACCUCAGCAUUACCCGGGCAGCGAGGUUACAGUUGCAGAAGACUCAGUAUUUGCAGCUGGGACCGAACCGUGUGCAGUACUAUGGAGGAUCUUUGCCAAACGUCAAUCAGAUUGGAAGCAGCGCUGUCGAUGUGUCUUUUCAGAACUCAGGAUUGGACACCAACAGAUCGACGCGACACCAUGGGUUGGUGGACAGGGUCUACCGAGACCGGAGCCGCAUCACAUCGCCCCACGGAAAGCCCCUGUCUGUUGACAAACAUGGCCGCCAGAUUGACAGCUGUCCAUAUGGCUCAGUAUAUCUGUCGCCGCCACCUGAUACCAGCUGGAGGAGGACAAACUCUGACUCAGCACUGCACCAGAGCACACUAACUCCUGCCCAGCAGGCCUCCUUCACUGGAGGAUCACAGGAGCUCCAGCCAAAACGAGUUCUCCUGUUAACUGUACCAGGGUCUGAAGCAAUUAAACAGAAUGUUGAUGAAGAUGGGCAAGAACAGAAUUGGGACUGCAAAAAGAACAUUUCAAGGUCCAAGCCCUGCAAAGUUCCAGGAAUCCACAUAUUCCCGUCUCCGGACCAGCAGUUGACCACUUCACUAAAACCAGCUGCCCACAACACAGGCGGUUCACUGCCUGACCUGACCAACAUCCAGUUCCCUCCUCCGCUGCCCACCCCACUGGACUCAGAUGAUACUGCAGCCGCCUCGUUCACCUCCUCCAACCGCACACUGGUGAACGCACAAGGAGUGAACAGCUCUCAGCCCACAGUAACCAUGGAGAUACAGUCUGGGCAGGACAACAUGGUUCCUCUCAUCCUGAACACAGGAGACUCCCACCAGCACCAGAACCUGCAGCUCUCCCCGACAUCUCCACCUCUCACUCUAUCUCAGGCGGCCAUCAACGCCAUGAACCUCGAGCAGCAGCUGUCCCAGUAUGCCUUCUUCAACCAGCAGCCGUCGUCCCAGACCCACCAGAGCCAGCAGCAGACAGGCCUGGUCCAGCUGCCGUCCUCUGUGAACUCCUGCUCCACGUCAGACAACCAGACCUCCUCACAAACCAUGACCAUCGACAUGAACACACAUAACUCCAUUCUGGGCAGCGUCUUUGCAGACUUCUACGACCAGCAGCUCCCAUCCAUUCAGGCCAGUGCUCUCUCUCAACAGUUGGAGCAGUUCAACAUGAUUGAAACCCCCAUCAGCUCCGACAACCUGUACAACCAGACGUCCACCCUCAACUACUCACAGGCACUUAUGAUGGGUUUGACUGGUGGCCACUGCAACCUUCAGGACUCGCAGCAGCUGGGCUACAGUAGCCAUGGCAACAUCCCCAACAUCAUUCUCACAGUGAGUGGAGAGUCUCCCCCCAGCCUGCCCAAAGACCUGACUGGCUCACUGUCGACAGACGUCAGCUUUGAUGUCGACUCCCAGUUCCCACUGGACGAUCUGAAAAUCGACCCGCUGACGCUUGACGGCCUGCACAUGCUCAAUGACCCGGACAUGGUCCUUACUGACCCCGCCACAGAGGACGCGUUUCGCCUUGACCGGCUCUAACGGCUCUACAUGCUCAUGCACAGGUGUGCGAACGCUGCUGCUUUGGGCGGGAUGCAGAUUUCUGCAGUGCGUCGGUCGAGACCCCAUCUGGACAGAGCGUCAGUUCGACGCCAGCCGACACAAUCAAACCCCACAAGAGAGCUUUUUAAAGAAACAUCAUUGCAGGAAAACGCGUUGACUGUUGCCAGCCUCCCUUCUCUUCAGAACCUGAGGAUGGUUUAUGACUUAUGACAUUGAGUUACGGUAUGAAUCCUGUACACUUCUUUUUGCUAAUGACACAUCCAUUUUUGAUUUAUUAUAGAUGCCUAGUUUUUAUGAAUAUUGAUUUGUGGAAACUUGACAAAAAUAUCAUGUGGGCAGAAGGAGCCUGGGCUCUUAUUCUCUAUCAAUGAUUGACAAAAUUAUAUCUGCAGAGCAAACCCUAAACUAACUACAGUACAUCACACACCUGUCACCGUAGCGUAGCUUAAUGACUCAGAGGAAACACCUGGUUUGGUCUGUGAAGUUUUAACCUCCCUCUGUGCCAAACUGGUCUUUCUCAGUCCCACAUUUAGUUUGGAUUUCAAGCGCCAAUCCCUGUUUGAUUUGUUGUAGAAGCCAAAGUCAUGCCUCGUUUGAUUUUAUCCCAAAUUUUCUCGCAAGUCUUGAGUGAAAAUGAGUCAUUUGGUCACCUAUGUUAUUUUUAGAAAAUGCUGAAGUUUGAUUUCACCAUAGUAAAUAGCGGUCAUCAGUUAUGCAUGAAAUCACAAAUCACUGUGCAUACUUGUUUUGCCUUAAUAGCUUGACAUUUUGGUUUUCAUGCAAAGAUGACAAUUAUGUAAAUGAGAAAAAAACUACAUUUUAAUGGUCGAGUCAUUUUUACUGUUUUACAGGUGGUUUGGCCUCCAUCAUUCACAGUUGCAUUACUCUAGUUGUACUUGUAAGGUGUGCUGAUCUUUAUCCAUCCGUCGUUUAUCUAUUGUCACUACCGUGUCAUUUUUCAUAUUCAUUUAUCAGUCAAAUCAAAAUGGAUAAAUGAGUUAUUUGUUAUGAAAUAGAUGUUUACAGGUUUGUUUUGUUUUCUAUUUUACAUGUACAGAAUGUGAUUAGAUUUUGCGUAACGGAAUCUAUGCAAAACUACAGUGAUUGAUUUAAGACUGUAAUAUAAAACGGAUAAAAUGAACCCUUCUAUAGAGAAAGCCAAUGUGCAUGAUUCUUAUAGAAUGCACAGUGAUGGUGCCAUGUUAUAUUUCUUUUGAUACUUUUUAAACAUUUUUAUUUCAAAACUAUUAAGGUGUAGACAAAAAAAAGGCUCAGCGAGCGUGUCAUAGAGUAGAAACUGAAUCUUUCCUGGAUUACUCCCAAAGAUGUGACCUCAGUGUAGUUGAAAUAUAUAUAUUUUUCCAGACAAUUGAACUGCCUCUAUACUAGAACAGCAUUGUUGAUGCAAUGAGAAUGUAUUUAGGUCACAUCUGUACAGUCGUGUUGUUGCCAUCUUGUCAUUCUCAUUGCCUCUCUCAUAUCUAGCCUUUCAUGUACUGUAGGACCAAAUAUCUUCACCCGUUUUCUUCCCACAAAGGAGACUGUUAUUGUCGUAUUGUUUUAAAUUUUACAGAUGACUUUGUCUGUUUUGUUGGCACUACAGUGACACUGUUUCUUCAUCAUGCUCAUGUUGUCUGUGCCCUUUAUCUAUUUGUUUCAUGUGUUUUUGGUCUUUCUUUAUUGUGGCUUCUUGCAUUUGCUCUUUAAAAAGAAAAAUCCCCAUGCAAAGUUCAAUAUCGAUAUCCCAUAUGCACUUUAUGCAUUUAUUUAAAACACUUAUUUAUGAGAAUUUAUAUACCAAAUCCCCUGUGACUGUUACGUGCACUGGACCUGUUUGCCCUGUCUUUGAUCAUACAUGCCUUCUUGUAAAAAAAACAAAAAAACAAAAAACAAAACAAAAAAAGAAACAAAUAUGGAGGGGAAAAAAACUAAAUUAUAGCUAUUUUUGAAAAGUCAUACACAGAUUUUAAAAGUCUAUUUAAAAGAGCCACAUUUUUACUUAAUCAGUGAAUAUCUUGUUAACCCCCUCUGUCGCAGCUCUUUCUGCUAGCGAUAGCAGGUUUGAGUCAAUAAAUUAAAUUUAAAAAAUGUUUAAAUCAAUCACUAAUUAACCAACUAAAAUGUAUGAUUUAAAAAAAUACAGAAAUAGUGCAAUUUCUCAGAUGAGAACAUUUGAAAUGUGCAGGGCUUAUUUUAUGGCAUUCCUAUUGUAAUUCAGUGCAGGAACAAUAAUUAUUAAAAAACCCAUAAAAGGAGAAUAGUUUAUUUUCUAAGACACUGUAAAGUCAUUUUCCAUCAAUUUUCCAAACUAUAAAAAACACUUAUCUGCGACAUUAUGUUUGUUUGUUGAUGUAUGUGAAGGUCCUCCUGAGCCAGCAUAUUUCACCAUUAUUCUCACACAAUUUAAAUCAAAAAUGUUCUUACAAAUGUGAUCGAGUCAGUUGAGCUUGAAGAUGUUUUCCCCCCCAACACUUUAAUGUUAUGGAUGCAUCAUGUUUUGGAAUUAUGAUGCAGUGUUUUUAGUUUGUUUUUGCUUGUUUUUUUUCUAUUUUAGUACUUUUGUGAUUGCAUGAAUCUCUUGACUUUUUGGGGUUUUAUUUGCUUUGAAGGGCGGGGUGAGCUUUGUUCGUUUAAGUGUCGUUUUUCUUGUUUGGUAAAACUGUCUUUUUUUAAUUCUACGUCAUGUAUAGGCUAUGUAACUGCUACAGUAAGUGAAGCCUAAAAGUAUCAGAAAUAUGGUAAUCAGCCUUUUUAUGCACAUGUAGGAAGCUGUUUGUUUGGUACUAUGUUUUACACUGCAAUAUACAGUAUGUGCUUAUUUUUUGUGCAACACCCACAGAGCUGUAUUAUGUCAUGGUGAAUCUAUAGACUAGCUAUGUAUAUUGCUGUAUGGUAGGAACAGUGUUUUUCGUGCUUUAUGUAAUAUGAUGUCAAAGUGAGAAAAAUGCACUGAGAAAUACUGUGCUGCAAUAUGUCAUUGUGGCUCUAAAUUCUCUGCUGGACCUCAGACUUUGUCGUGAGCCUGACAUCUUUGUUGGUCCAUUUUAUGGUUUUUGGUAUUUCUCCAAACUUUUUUUGUGCUCGUGUAGAUAGCUCUGACUGAUGUUUCGCCUGUUAUGCAUUAAUGUUCAGGUAUUCAUUGGUAUUACACCAGUGUUUACAGAGACAAGAGUUUACAACAGAGCAAUGUGUGUUUUUCUCUCCACAGAAUGUUUCGAAUACUUGAUCGACAAGACAACAUAUGAACCACUCGCAGUGUAGAUUAGCAAAAUUAUUUUGACCUUUAACAAUCAAAUUUAACAGUGAAACAGUAAUGCAAUUUCAGUGCUAUGAUAAUGUCAAUAUUACGACCAUAAAAUAAUAUACUCUCUUUAAUGAGGUUUUAAAGUUGUAUAAAUUAAUUAGAUUUCCUUUGUACUUCAUCUGUCUGCAUUUCAAGGCCCUGAAAGCACUUUUAAUUUCAAUUUUUAUUCUCUAGAAAUUCCCCUUCCUGUACUUGCUAUGAGCAACUACAUGCCCUCAGUAGAGAAUAGGCACUAUUGAGAUUUUAUGGAUAUAGUUUUACAGUAAAUCUCCCUCUCCUUCUUUCAGUGUUAACUGAAACUAAAGUCAACAGGUGUACCAAAAAGCCAAAGCUCAAAACAGCUAUACAUGCAAGAAUACUGAGACAUUUCAACCUGUCCUCCUAAAUAUAUCCUUUCCUUUUUUUUCUUCUUUAUUACAUUUUUUUUAUUGGGGUACAAAUUAUUAUUAUUAUUAAUAUUUGAACUUAUCAAUGAAUUGUUUACAGUGACCAUAAUUGCUGAAAUUCUUGCAGCAAAGAGAUGUGACUGAUAUAUCCUACUCCGUACCUGGGAUUUUGGUUGGUUUUUUUUUUGUUUUUGUUUUUUUGCAUGAUAGUGAAUUUCACACUCCGAAAAUACCUUGACAUGUUAUAUUUUUGCUUUAAAUUACUCAGUUCUGCCUAUGUUUUUUAACCUGCUGUCAAACACUAUUUUGUAAUGAAUAUUACUAUACACAUCUUGUCUGAGAAAUAAUAUAGACAUACAGUAAGAAAUAUAUAUAUAUAUAUAUAUAUAUAUAUAUAUAUAUACAUACUGACUUUGUGACACAACAUGUAAAAACAAACUGAAUCAGGAGGAGUGAUAGUCAUGUAUGGUCACUCAGUGGGCUACCCACAUCUAUGAAUCCUUUGUGUGCAUUUUGAGGACAUCCCUGCUGGUUAAAGCCUCAUACAAUGGCAGCUAAAUUGUUAUAUAAUGUAUUUUGUUUUUGAGUACAGUGAUACUACUCCAAACACUGCACAUGCAUUUUACUGCCGUGAAGGGGUGCACUGUGCUACUCGAGUGCACUCGCAGCAACAGGAAACAUUAUGCUCAUAGAAUAUGCAAAAUCUAGCAUUCUGCAGCACAGCUUGGCAAGUUGGUACUUUUUUGAGCUAACCCUUUAAAAAUGACUGGUUCAGGCUUUGUUCUUCAAUUUGUGUGUUUUCUAUUUUAACUGUCAAAUCGGACCAAAAGAACCCAAGUUGGCUGUAAAUGUGUGCUAUACUAAAGAUAAGAUACGCUUCUGUUGGAACUGUACCUGAUGUAUUUUUCUUGUGUGAAGGCUUCUGUCUUUGUAUCUUUGCAUUAUUAUUUGUAAAUGAAAUGAAAAUAAAUAUAUAUGAAUAAGCCAAGAUAUUGUUAUCUUAUUUUGUCAUUAAGUAGACUACAAACAACACUAGAAAACAAUGAACUGGAGCAUUAGUUGUACUGUCACUGCCCCCAUAACUGGCAUUAAAGCAGCAUCACGUCCAGCAUUUGC